AUGGACCAGAUCCCAGUCGUGUCCCCGUUUAGGGGCCACAUCACAGCUCCUCCCCCCGCAGACUCACCCCUCGCCUACAACGAAGAUGUGAUCGUCAACCUGGUGAUACAAAUCCUCACAAUGCUCAUUUCCAUCGGACACAUCAAGGCCGAGCGCAUCCUGUUCGCCCCACCCGGCGGCCACACCGACAUUGACGAAGCCGUCUGCGCCGAGCUAAACCUCGCCCCGCGCGUUGUGUCGCUUUUGAAACGGCUGCCGUACUGGACCAGCAGCGAAUUCGUCGAGUGGGCCCAGGUCCGGCCGGACUCGUAUUUGCCCAACUAUCGGGACCCUGAGCACCUCCGUCUCGGCCGUCGCGUGUGUGGACUGCCCAUUGGCAAAGACACCAUCCGACGCAGCGAUAAUAGCGCAGUCGUCCUCGACCACAUCCGCCAGGAAUUUCCCGACUAUGUGCCCGAGUUUCCCGAGGAGCCGAACCAUUACCGCAACCGUGUCGCGCUGCAUGCACCCACCGUUCUGGCCGACUAUAUUGACGACCUGCGACGUCUCGACUUCAUGCCCACCGGAGGUCUUGGUACCGGCGAAGCAACCGUUGUAUCGACGGGCUGGGAGCCGGGUAUGGCCGUAGUGAGGGACGCGCUACUGCAGCGGUAUGGUUGGCCCGAUGAGUUCCGCGCCGAAGAGUGGAGGCAGGAGGGACGCGCCAUCUAUGACACGGCAAGGCAAGGAGUGAGCUGGGGCCCGGGAGGGUUUGGACUGCCGUUGAACGAGAUGCAAGUCCCCGGUUUGCAUCCGGAUGUGAUUCAGUACUUACAGAGGAGAGGCGCGUAG